AUGUCAGACACUCAGACCGAAGCUAAAGCUCAUCUGAAAGAGCAUGGCUGGGCACGAAUCCCUUCGGUCCUCAGCAAAGAGGAGGCGGCAGAUGCUCUAGACCGGCUUUGGAAAGCCAAGGCCGCCGUGGAAGCAGAGGGCGAGGAGACGUAUCUCGAGUUCCUGGACCCGAACCCGAGCAACGUCCGCGUCUUCUACCUGAUGGCCGUCGACAAGAUCUUCCGCGACCUCAUCUCUCACCCCACGGCUAUCGAGAUGGUGAAGUCGCUCCUUGGCGACGGGUUCAUCAUCUCCAACUUCACCGCCAACAUCGCCCGUCCGGGCUCAAAAAGUAUGGCUCUGCACUCGGACCAGAGCAUUGUGUUCCCGGAUCCGUGGCACGACAUAUGGGCUUUGAAUGUCAUCUGGUGCCUGACUGAUGUCACCAAGGAGAAUGGAGCGACGCUUUACAUCCCUGGAUCAAACAAGUGGGUGACGCGUAAAGAAGUACCUGAAAACGCGCCAGAGCUCCUGGUUCCAUUCGAGGGCAAGGCCGGGGACAUAAUCAUGAUGGACGGGCGCGUAUGGCACACGAGUGGCUCCAACACCACCAAAGACCAAGACCGGGCCUUAUUAUUUGGGUACUACACCAAGGGGUUCAUGCGGCAACAAGUGAACUGGACGGCGAAAUUGUCCAAGGACAUCCAAGAUACGCUCACUCCAGAGCAGAAGCAGUGGCUUGGCCUAGGUGUCGUCGGCAACAUUGGGGUCACGGUAAACAUUCUUAAAACUAUGGGCCUUGGAUUCGACGAGACCGUUGCCACAUUCUUUGGCCGCCCCGUCCGCCCCGGUGUUACGAAAGGCUCAUACUACCAGAUCGACUAG